AUGGACUUCAUUUACUCGACGAGCGAAGAAUUAUGUGACGAAUGGGCAGAAGGUGUAUUGACUUUCAGGGUUAAGGAUGGAGUCCUUAGCAAGGAAGAGGAGAACGAUUACAUUGUGAUCAAUGUACUGAAUUCACCAGAAUCAGACCAGGUUUCUGCUAAUCGUGUUCAGCUCAGGGAUUUGAUGAAGGAAGAAGAUGAUGAGGAUGAGACUGAAAAUCAUUUUGUUAAUGUCAACAAUGAGAUGGUCUUACCUGAAGAUAAGGUUAUGAUGCAAGAGUUAGGCAAACAGGAAUAUGUGCCUUCGAAAGACAAGGGCAAACAGGUCAUAGUUGAGCCUGAAUUAGAUGUUUGUGAUAUUUGCAAAUCAAAUAUUGAUAGCCCUGGAUGCGCGUGGAAAAAGGAAACAUGCUGCUUGAGAUUGGAAUUUGAACCAGUUUGUAAGUGCAAUGAAAUUCAAAAUGCAUAUAAGGCUUACGAAGUUGGGAGUUCAAGUGAGGUUCGUCACAGCUUAGGGGAGUCAAGUUUCUCUGCUCUUGGCACUGUGCCAAAUCGUAUAAGUUACUCAGGGAUUUUACCUUAUUCUGGUAUCAUCUCUGUUCGAUCAGAUAGCACCGAUAGCAGGCCAUCCUUCUCUUUUCCCAUACUGCAAUCUGAAUGGAAUAUUAGUAGCCCAGACAUAAUGCCAAAAGAAUAUGAUUAUACUGCUGAUUCACAUGAUGAUGAUAAUGCUGAUUCACAUGAUGAUGAUCAUGACCAGAUCCAGAAGAAACGUGGUUGGAUGCAGGGCUUUCUUUGCUGCAGAUUCUGA